GCCACCAGCCCGCUGCCGUGCCAGCCCCCAGGAUGGGUGCCCUGAACGGGUGCCUGGUGCUGGCCUGGGUCCUGGCGGCCCUGCUUUUGGUGCAGGAGACAGAGACCCAGAGCAGCGUGGAGCCCAGCCAGCCAAGCAGACAGGCCACAGAGCACAACCGGAGGGCGGAUGUCGCUUGGAGCAUGACCGUCAUCCCGCCCAUCACUGUCUUGCCCACCAUGAGCUCCCGGGACCCCGCGCACAACGGGCGCGUCUGCAGCACCUGGGGCGACUUCCACUACAAGACCUUCGACGGCGACGUCUUCCGCUUCCCCAGCCUGUGCAACUACGUCCUGUCCAUGCACUGCGGCGCCGCGUACGAGGACUUCAACGUGCAGCUGCGCCGCGGCCUGGCUGGCUCCAGGCCCACCAUCACCCACGUCGUCCUCAAGACCCAGGGGCUGGUGCUGGAGGCCUCCAACGGCUCCGUCCUCAUCAACGGGCGGCGAGAGGAGCUGCCCUACAGCCGUGCAGGCCUGCUGGUGGAGCAGAGCAGCGUCUACGUCAAGGUCACUGUCCGGCUGCUGCUGACCUUCAUGUGGAACAGAGAGGACAGUGCCCUGCUGGAGCUGGAUCCCAAGUAUGCCAACCAGACAUGUGGUCUGUGCGGGGACUUCAACGGGCUCCCGGCUGUCAACGAGUUCUACUCCCAUAAUGCUAGGCUGACCCCUCUGCAGUUCGGGAACCUACAGAAGCUGGACGGGCCCACAGAGCAGUGUCAGGACCCCCCGUCUUCCCCGGCCAGCAACUGCACAGACGUGGACGGUGUCUGCCGCCGCACCCUGCUUGGCCCGGCCUUUGCGGAGUGCCACAAGCUCGCGGACCCCACGGCGUAUGUGGCCGCCUGUACCCAGGACCUGUGCCGCUGCCUCACCUGCCCGUGUGCCACCUUCGCGGAGUACUCUCGCCAGUGCGCCCAUGCGGGGGGACAGCCCCAGGACUGGAGGGGCCCCGACCUCUGCCCCCAGACCUGCCCGCCCAGCAUGCAGCACCGGGAGUGCGGCUCGCCCUGCACCGACACCUGCUCCAACCCCCAGCGCUCCCAGCUCUGCGAGGACCACUGCGUGGACGGCUGCUUCUGCCCCCCAGGCACAGUGCUGGAUGAUGUUACCCACAGGGGCUGCCUGCCCCUGGAGCAGUGCCCCUGCACGCACGGGGGCCGCACCUACGCCCCGGGAGCCUCCUUCACCAGCAGCUGCAGCGCCUGCAUCUGCUCCGGGGGGCUGUGGCAGUGCCAGGACCUUCCGUGCCCCGGCACCUGCUCUGUCCAGGGUGGGGCCCACAUCUCCACCUACGACCAGAGGCUCUACGACGUGCACGGGGACUGCACCUACGUCCUGUCCAAGACGUGUGCAGGGAACAGCUUCAGCGUGCUGGCCGAGCUGCGCAGGUGCGGCCUGACGGACAACGAGAACUGCCUCAAAUCGGUGGCGCUCAGCGUGAACAGCGGGGACACGGUCGUCCAGAUCCAGGCCAACGGCGGGGUGUUCGUGAACUCCAUCUACACCCAGCUGCCCGUGUCUGCAGGCAACGUCACGGUCUUCCGGCCCACGUCCUUCUUCGUCCUGGCGCACACGGGCCUCGGGCUGCAGCUGCGGGUCCAGCUGGUCCCGCUCAUGCAGGUGUUUCUCCAGCUGGACCCGUCCUACCACGGGCGGACGUGCGGCCUGUGCGGGAACUUCAACCAGAACCAGGCCGACGACUUCCGGACCCUCAGCGGCGUGGUGGAGGGCACGGCCGCCGCCUUUGCCAACACCUGGAAGACCCAGGCCGCCUGCCCCAACGUCAAGAGCAGCUUCGAGGACCCCUGCUCCCUCAGCGUGGAGAACGAGAACUACGCCCAGCACUGGUGUUCCCUGCUCACCGACCCGGCCGGAGCCUUCUCCCAUUGCCACUCUGUCCUCAACCCCGCGCCCUUCUACUCGAACUGCAUGUUCGACACGUGUAACUGCGAGAAGAGCGAAGACUGCCUGUGCGCCGCCCUGUCCUCCUACGUGUACGCCUGCGCGGCCAAGGGGGUGCUGCUCCGCGGCUGGAGGGACGGCGUGUGCACCAAGUAUGUGAGCAGCUGCCCCCAGUCCCAGAACUACAGCUACGUGGUGGAUGGCUGCCAGCCCACCUGCCGCGCUCGGAGCCAGGUCGACGUCACCUGCAGCGUCCCCUUCCUGCCUGUGGACGGCUGCGUCUGCCCCAACGGCACCUUCCUGGAUGACUCGGGCACCUGCGUGUCUGCCGACGCCUGUCCCUGCUACUUCCGUGGCUCCGUGUUGGCCCCAGGGGAGGUGGUGCAUGACGAUGGCGUGGUGUGCUCGUGUGUGGUGGGGAGGCUGAGCUGCCUGGGAGCGGCGGAGCAGCGGAGCUCAGGGUGUGUGCCCCCCAUGGUGUACCUGGACUGCAACAACGCCUCGGCUGGCACGCCUGGGGCCGAGUGUCUCAGGAGCUGUCACACGCUGGACGUGGACUGUUUCAGCACCCACUGCGUGUCCGGCUGCAUCUGCCCCCUAGGGCUGCUGUCAGAUGGCAGCGGGGGCUGUGUGGCCGAGGAGGACUGUCCCUGCCUGCACAACGAGGCUGUCUACAAGCCGGGGGACACCAUCCGGGUGGACUGUAAUACCUGCACAUGCAGGAACCACCGGUGGGUGUGCAGCCACGAGCCCUGUCUGGGCACCUGCGUGGCCUAUGGGGACGGUCACUUCAUCACCUUCGACGGGGAGCGCUAUGGCUUCGAAGGGACCUGCGAGUACACGCUGGUCCAGGACUACUGCGGGGGCAAUGGCACGACCAACGGGACCUUCCGCAUCGUCACCGAGAACGUCCCCUGCGGGACCACGGGUGUCACCUGCUCUAAGGCUAUCAAGCUCUUCCUGGAGAGCUACGAGCUGGUCCUGCAGGACGGCGGCUACAGGGCGGUGCAGUGGGGGCCAGGCGGAGAGCCACCCUACAAGGUCCGGCACACGGGCAACUACCUCACUGUGGAGACCCGCGGCGGCCUCGUGCUGUCCUGGGACCGGAGGACCAGCGUGUUCGUGCGGCUGAAGCAGGACUACAAGGGCCGGGUCUGCGGGCUGUGCGGCAACUUCGACGACAACGCCGUCAACGACUUCACCACGCGGAGCCAGUCCGUGGUGGGCAGCGCCCUGGAGUUUGGCAACAGCUGGAAGUUCUCCCCGUCUUGCCCCGACGCCCCGGUCCCCAGGGACCCCUGCACCGCCAACCCGUACCGCAAGUCCUGGGCCCAGAAGCAGUGCAGCAUCAUCAACAGCGCAACCUUCGCUGCCUGCCACCCUCAGGUGGACCCCGCCAAGUACUACAAGGCCUGCGUGGGCGACGCGUGUGCCUGUGACUCGGGGGGCGACUGUGAGUGUUUCUGCACGGCCGUGGCCGCCUACGCACAGGCCUGCCGCGACGUGGGCGUGUGCGUGUCCUGGCGCACCCCGGACACCUGCCCCCUGUUCUGCGACUACUACAACCCCGAGGGCCAGUGUGAGUGGCACUACCAGCCGUGCGGGGCGCCCUGCAUGAAGACGUGCCGGAACCCGGGCGGCCGCUGUCUGCAUGACCUGCCGGGCCUGGAAGGCUGCUACCCGAGGUGCCCGCCCAGUGAGCCGUUCUUCAGCGAGGACCAGAUGAAGUGUGUGGCCCAGUGUGGCUGUUACGACGAGGACGGGAACUACCACGACGUGGGUGCGAGGGUCCCCACGGCAGAGAACUGCCAGAGCUGUGAGUGCACUGCCGGCGGCCUCCAGUGCACACACAGCCUCGCAGCCUGCACCUGCGUCUACGAGGGCAGGACCUACCACUACGAGGACGUCAUCUACAACACGACCGACGGGCUCGGCGCCUGCUUGUUGGCCGUCUGCGGACAAAAUGGAACCAUCCUCCGUCGGGCUGUGGGUUGUCCCGGAACCCCGUCCACAAGGCCCUUCACCUUCACCACCGCCGUGGUCCCACUCUCCACGUCAGGCUCAGUCCCCACCGUCACCACCGUGUGUGUGCGAGAGUUCUGCCUCUGGUCCAACUGGUAUGACAGCGGCCCCCCAGAGCCCGGCAUGGCGGGCGGAGACUUUGAGACAUUUGUGAACCUCAGGCAGAAGGGCUACGAGGUGUGCCUGGCCCCGGUGAGCGUUGAGUGCCGGGCACGGCAACUCCCCGACACCCCGCUACUGCAGCUGGGCCAGAAGGUGGAGUGCGAUGUGGCCCGGGGACUGACCUGCUUCAACAGCGAGCAGAGCCCCCCACUCUGCCAUGACUACGAGCUGCGGGUCCUCUGCUGCAGCUACCUGCCCUGUGGCUCCUCCCCCGGGGCCACGACCAUGGCCCCCGGGACCACCACCACCCCUGGGACCACCACCACCUCCCCCGGGGCCACAACUACGGCCCUCAGCACCACCACCUCCCCCGGGGCCACCACCUGGCAGCCACCGGCCAGGUCCACCCCUGCCACGGAGACCCCGCCGGCAGAGACCACCAUGACAGGGACCUGGGCAUCGAGCAGCCCCCCGGCCUUGGCCACCACCUCCUGCCAGCCCCGGUGUCAGUGGACAGAGUGGUUCGAUGAGGACUACCCCAAGUCUGAGGAGGCCGGGGGGGACGUUGAGUCGUACGACAAGAUCAGGAGCGCAGGGCGGGUCGUGUGCAAGCAGCCUGUGGACAUCGAGUGCCAGGCCGAGAACUUCCCCGGCAGGAGCGCCGAGGAGCUGGGCCAGCGCGUGCAUUGCGACGCUGGUUUUGGCCUGGUGUGCAGGAACGAAGAGCAGGUAGGCCUGUUCAAGAUGUGCUACAACUACAGAAUCCGCGUGCUAUGCUGCCACCAAGACCACUGCGCAGGGCCCACUCCCGGGACACAGACACUGGCCACUGCGCAGACCACAGGCGGCCUCUCCAGGGGGACCCCACAAAGACACACAACUCCCACAGUGACGGGAGUGGAGGCCACAACAGGCACUGUCCCUGCCGGCCCCCCAUCCAGCCCACGCACAGAGAUGCGCACGACCACCGCAAGAAUGUCACCGGGAACCCUGGGAACGGCCACGAUGGCGGCCACCCCCAGCCAGAGCACGGCUGGCUGUCAGCCCCAGUGCGAGUGGACAGACUGGUUUGACAUGGACUUCCCAACCUCAGGAGUCGAGGGCGGGGACCUGGAAACCUUGGACAACAUCAGGGCCACCGGGGGCAUGCUGUGCGAGGAGCCCCAGAAGAUUGAGUGUCGUGCAGAGAACUACCCCGAGGUCAGCAUCGACCAGAUCGGACAGGUGCUCAGCUGUGACCUGCACACGGGCCUGGUCUGCAGGAACCAGGACCAGAAGGGGCCUUUCGGCAUGUGCUUCAACUACAACAUCCGUGUGCUCUGCUGCCGCCCGAACCCCCACUGCCCCAGCACCCCCGCCCCUGGGGGCUCCACAUCUCUGGGGCAAGAAACCACAACCAGAGCGUCCACCCAGACCCAUGCCUCCUCCCCUGGAGCCAGCCAGGGGGUCCCUGUCUCCACCACCCAGACCCUUCCUUCCCCUGCCAGGACCACAGAGAGGGUCUCCAGCCCCGGUCCCUCUGCCUCCCCGGGGACCCCGACCACCACCACCACCACCAAGCCCACCUCACCCCGUGUACCCACCACGGUCCCCAAGGUGACCUCCAGACCGUGGACCUCCCCCGGGUCCCCGCCCAGCACGGCCACCUUCGGGACCACGCUGCUCUCCACGCCCCCGCUGCCCAGCUCCACCACACACAGCCCGGCCACCUCGUCCUCCACGGGCUGCAGCCCGCAGUGCACGUGGACAGACUGGUUCGACGAGGACUACCCCAUGCCGGGCCCGGACGGCGGGGACUUCGAGACCUUCUCGGUUUUCCGCUCAGCGGGCCACGACUUCUGCCAGCGUCCCCAGGACAUCCAGUGCCGCUCGGAGAGGGCGCCGCACGCGCGUCUGGAGGACCUGGGGCAGGUGGUGCAGUGCAACGUGAGCUUCGGGCUGGUGUGUCGCAACCGGGAGCAGCCGGGACCCCUGCGCUACUGUGACAAUUACCACGUGCGCGUGCUCUGCUGCGAGGACGACGGCCGCUGCGCCAGCCCCACCGCCCCUGAGCCCACCACGGCGUCCCGGGGGACCCCUGUGCCCGAGACCGCCAGCUCUAUGCCUGGCACCACCUUGGGCCUCUCCACGGUCGCCUCCAGGGCCACAGUGCCCAUGGGCAAGACCGAGACAUCCCCACCUGUGACCUCCAGCCACACACAGACCCCCACGUCCCCCGUGGCCAGGUCCACGGCCUGUGAGCCCCGCUGUGCCUGGACAGACUGGCUGGACGAGAGCUACCCGGUGCCCGGGGCCUCUGGUGGGGACUUUGAGACCUACGCCAACCUCCGGGCUGCGGGCAAAGCCAUCUGCCAGCAGCCGUGGGCACUGCAGUGCCGGGCAGAGGCGCAGCCAGAGACACCACUGCAGGAGCUGGGCCAGGUGGUUUGGUGUGGCCUGGAGGAUGGCCUGGUGUGCCGCAACCAGGACCAGGCCAGCCCGUUCCACAUGUGCCUCAACUACCAGGUGCGUGUGCUCUGCUGCGAGGACGACGGCCGCUGCGCCAGCACCCUGGCCACCACUGCACUCAGCUCGUGGGGCACCGGCCUGGGUCCGACCCCCGUGCAGCCCACAAGCACCAUGGUCCCCAGUCCUCCAGCCCCCAGCACCGGCUGGACCAUGGCCACCGCCACGUGCCUGCCCACCUGCCGCUGGACCGACUGGCUGGACAGUGACCAGCCCCGGCCUGGCCGCUACGGGGGCGACAUCGAGACUUACUACCACAUCCGGGAUGCGGGCGGUCAGGUUUGUGCGGAGCCCAAGGCCAUCGAGUGCCAGGCUGUGCUCUACCCAGACGUGCCCUGGGGACAGCUGGGUCAGUAUGUGCGCUGUGACGUGAACUACGGCCUCAUCUGCAGGAAUAACUGGCAGACGGGGGGCCGCAGCUGCCUCAACUACCGCGUGCGGGUGCUGUGCUGUGAGGGCCCUGGGCGCUGUGCUGCACAGCCCACCACGGAGCCGGGCGCCACCAGCAGCUCCAGCACACGACUAAGGUCAUCAGGGGUCACAGGGCUGCAGACCACGGCCACCCUCCCAUCUUCCCCUGAGACCACGCUGCGUGUCAUUGGCCCCACUUCCCAGGCUGGCCCGUCUUCUCCUGAGACCACCCAUGGGGUUCCUGUCUCCACCACCCAGAUCCUUCCUUCCUCCCUCAGGACCACCCAGACAGGACCGUCUUCCCCUGGGACCACCCAUGGGGUCCCUGUCUCUACCACCAGCACCAGCAUAGGCCAAACGUCAUCGGGAGUCGUUAGGCUGGGGACCACGACCACCCACCCCACCUCCCCUGAGACCACACAGAGAUACACUGUCUCUACCCCCCAGAUCUCUCCUUCCUCACCCAGGACCACCCAGACAGUCCCCUCUUACCCUGGGACCACCCAUGGGGUCCCUGUCUCUACCACCCAGAUCCUUCCUUCCUCCCUAAGGACCACCCAGACAGGACCCUCUUCCCCUGGGACCACCCAUGGGGUUCCUGUCUCCACCACCCAGAUCCUUCCUUCCUCUCCCAGGACCACCCAGACAGGACCCUCUUCCCGUGGGACCACCCAUGGGGUUCCUGUCCCCACCACCCAGAUCUCUGCUUCCUCCCCUAGGACCACCCAGACAGGCCCCUCUUCCCCUGGGACCACCCAUGGGGUCCCUGUCUCUACCACCAGCACCAACAUAGGCCAAACGUCAUCGGGAGUCAUUAGGCUGGGGACCAAGACCACCCACCCCACGUCCCCUGAGACCACACAGAUAUACACUGUCUCCACCACCCAAAUCUCUGCUUCCUCCCCCAGGACCACCCAGACAGGACCCUCUUCCCCUGGGACCACCCAUGGGGUUCCUGUCUCCACCACCCAGAUCCUUUCUUCCUCUCCCAGGAGCACCCAGACAGGACCCUCUUCCCCUGGGACCACCCAUGGGGUUCCUGUCUCCAUCACCCAGAUCUCUCCUUCCUCCCCCAGGACCACCCAGAGAGGCCUGUCUUCCUCUGGCACCACCCAUGGGGUCCCUGUCUCUACCACUAGCACCAGCAUAAGCCAAACGUCAUCGGGAGUCAUUAGGCUGGGGACCAAGACCACCCACCCCACGUCCCCUGAGACCACACAGAUAUACACUGUCUCCACCACCCAAAUCUCUGCUUCCUCCCCCAGGACCACCCAGACAGGCCCCUCUUCCCGUGGGACCACCCAUGGGGUUCCUGUCUCUACCACCCAGAUCCUUCCUUCCUCCCUAAGGACCACCCAGACAGGACCCUCUUCCCCUGGGACCACCCAUGGGGUUCCUGUCUCCACCACCCAGAUCCUUUCUUCCUCUCCCAGGACCACCCAGACAGGACCCUCUUCCCCUGGGACCACCCAUGGGGUUCCUGUCUCCAUCACCCAGAUCUCUCCUUCCUCCCCCAGGACCACCCAGAGAGGCCUGUCUUCCCCUGGCACCACCCAUGGGGUCCCUGUCUCUACCACUAGCACCAGCAUAAGCCAAACGUCGUCGGGAGUCAUUAGGCUGGGGACCACGACAACCCACCCCACCUCCCCUGAGACCACACAGAGAUACACUGUCUCCACCACCCAGAUCUCUCCUUCUUCCCCCAGGACCACACAGACAACACCCUCUUCCCCUGGGACCACCCAUGGGGUUCCUGUCACCACCACCCAGAUCUCCAUAGGCCAAACGUCAUCGGGAGUCAUUAGGCUGGGGACCACGACCACCCACCCCACCUCCCCUGAGACCACACAGAGAUACACUGUCUCCACCACCCAGAUCUCUCCUUCCUCCCCCUGGACCACCCAGACAACACCCUCUUCCCCUGGGACCACCCAUGGGGGUCCUGUCUCCACCACUCAGAUCCUUCCUUCCUCCCUCAGGACCACCCAGACAGGGCCCUCUUCCCCUGGGACCACCCAUGGGGUUCCUGUCACCACCACCCAGAUCUCGUCUUCCUCCCCCAGGACCACCCAGACAGGCCCAUCUUCCCGUGGUACCACCCAUGAAGUUCCUGUCUCCACCACCCAGAUCUCUCCUUCCUCCCCCAGGACCACCCAGAUAACACUCUCUUCCCCUGGGACCACCAAUGGGGUCCCUGUCUCUACCACCAGCACCAGCAUAGGCCAAACGUCAUCGGGAGUCAUUAGGCUGGGGACCACGACCACCCACCCCACCUCCCCUGAGACCACACAGAGAUACACUGUCUCCACCACCCAGAUCUCUCCUUCCUCCCCCAGGACCACACAGAUAACACCCUCUUCCCCUGGGACCACCCAUGGGGUUCCUGUCACCACCACCCAGAUCUCGCCUUCCUCCCCCAGGACCACCCAGACAGGACCCUCUUCCCUUGGGACCACCCAUGGGGUUCCUGUCUCUACCACCCAGAUCCUUCCUUCCUCCCUAAGGACCACCCAGACAGGACCCUCUUCCCCUGGGACCACCCAUGGGGUUCCUGUCUCCAUCACCCAGAUCUCUCCUUUCUCCCCCAGGACCACCCAGAGAGGCCUGUCUUCCCCUGGCACCACCCAUGGGGUCCCUGUCUCUACCACCAGUACCAGCAUAGGCCAAACGUCAUCGGGAGUCAUUAGGCUGGGGACCACGACCACCCACCCCACCUCCCCUGAGACCACACAGAGAUACACUGUCUCCACCACCCAGAUCUCUCCUUCCUCCCCAAGGACCACCCAGACAGGACCCUCUUCCCCUGGGACCACCCAUGGGGUUCCUGUCACCACCACCCAGACUCUUCCUUCCCCUGCCAGGACCACAGAGAGGGUCUCCAGCCCCGGUCCCUCUGCCUCCCCGGCGACCCCAACCACCACCACCACCAAGCCCACCUCACCCCGUGUACCCACCACGGUCCCCAAGGUGACCUCCAGACCGUGGACCUCCCCCGGGUCCCCGCCCAGCACGGCCACCUUCGGGACCACGCUGCUCUCCACGCCCCCGCUGCCCAGCUCCACCACACACAACCCGGCCACCUCGUCCUCCACGGGCUGCAGCCCGCGGUGCACCUGGACAGACUGGUUCGACGAGGACUACCCCAUCCCGGGCCUGGACGGCGGGGACUUCGAGACCUUCUCGGUUUUCCGCUCAGCGGGCCACGACUUCUGCCAGCGUCCCCAGGACAUCCAGUGCCGCUCGGAGAGGGCGCCGCACGCGCGUCUGGAGGACCUGGGGCAGGUGGUGCAGUGCAACGUGAGCUUCGGGCUGGUGUGUCGCAACCGGGAGCAGCCGGGACCCCUGCGCUACUGUGACAAUUACCACGUGCGCGUGCUCUGCUGCGAGGACGACGGCCGCUGCGCCAGCCCCACCGUCCCUGAGCCCACCACGGCGUCCCGGGGGACGCCUGUGCCCGAGAUCACCAGCUCUCCGCCCAGCACCACCUUGGGCUUCUCCACGGCUGCCUCCAGGGCCUCGGCACCCCACACCUUGCAGCCAGUGACAGUGAGCACCUCGUCCAUGUCCAUCCUCACCACCCCACGGCCACCCGUGUCUCCUAGCGGGAGCCUCACCACCCGCUGCUUCUGCCGGGUGCUGGGGCAGCUCUUCUCCCAGGGGGACAUCGUCUACAACAAGACGGACAGCGCGGGCUGCUCCUUCUACGCCGUCUGCAACCAGCACUGUGACAUUGACCGCUUCCAGGAUGCCUGCCCUACGUCCUUGCCCCCGGAGGCCUCCUCGACCCCAGAGGCCUCGCCCUCCCAGCCUCAGGGCUGUGACCUCAUCAUCCCUCCCCGACAGGUGAAUGAGUCCUGGACCCUGCCAGACUGCACGGUGGCUCGCUGUGAGGGCCACAACCAUGUGGUCCUGUUGGGGCAGAAGCCGGUGGCCAGCAUCCACUGCGUGAACGGACACCCACCGGUCAGAGUGUCGCAGGACAACGAGCCGUGUGAUUUCCACUUUGAGUGCGAGUGCUCCUGCAGCGGCUGGGGGGGCUCCCACUACACCACCUUCGACGGCACGUCCUACUCCUUCGAGGACAACUGCACCCACGUGCUCAUGAAGGAGAUCCGCCCACGCUACGGGAACCUCAGCAUCUCCAUGAACGGCUACUACUGCGGGGCCGCUGCCGCCCCCACCCCCUGCCCCCGCGCCCUCAGCGUCCACUACAAGUCCAUGGAGGUCAUCCUCACCACCCGCACCGACGCCCGAGGGCAGGAGCAGAGCCUGAUCCUAUUUGACCAAAUGCAAGUGGGCUCGGGCUCCAGCAAGGACGGCGUGAGCGCGUCGGUGACGGGCGCGACCACGAUGACCAUCGACAUCCCCGCGGCUGGUGUGACCGUCACCUUCGACGGGCAGGUCUUCCACAUUCAGCUGUCCUACGGCCGUUUCAGCCACAACACCGAGGGCCAGUGCGGCACCUGCACCAACAGCCGGACGGACGACUGCCGCCGGCCAGACGGCACCAUGGCCGCCACCUGCCAAGACAUGGCCCACCACUGGCUGGUCCUCGAGAGCGGCCGCGAGGGCUGCUCGGUGCCUACCCGCCCGCCCCCGACGGCGGGGACCUCGCCCUCCGCGCCCACCACGCCCGCCUCGUCCCCAUGCCCCCCCGCGCCCUUCUGCGAGCUGCUGUGGAGCCCGCUCUUUGCGGAGUGCCGCGCCCUCAUCCCCCCGGACCCAUUCGUCAGCUCCUGCAUCAGCGACGGCUGCCAGGCCGACGGCCCCCGAGCGCCUUGCCGGAGCCUGGAGGCCUACGCGGCGCUCUGCCGUGCCCGGGGCGUGUGCAGCGACUGGCGGAAUGCCACCAAUGGGCUGUGCGACUUCACCUGCCCGCCCGACAAGGUGUACCAGCCGUGUGGCCCCGCACAGCCUGUGUCCUGCGACUCCAGGAGCCAGAGCGGAGCGGGCAAGGGGCUGGCGGAAGGCUGCUUCUGCCCCGAUGGGCUCACCCUCUUCAACACGCACACGGACGUCUGCGUACACACCUGCGCCUGUGUGGGACCAGAUGGGUUUCCCAAAUCCCCUGGGGAGCGGUGGGUCAGCAACUGCCAGGCCUGCCUGUGCCACGAGGGCUCCAUGUCAGUGCAGUGCGCCCCCGUGCCAUGCGAGCCCCAGGAGCAGCCCCCGCAGUGCGGACGGGCUGGCUUCGUGACCGAGACCAGGCCUCUGGCCAACAACUCCUGCUGUCUGGAGACGCUGUGCGUCUGCAACACAACCACGUGUCCCCAGAGCCCACCCAGAUGCAGGCCAGGAGAGGAGCUGACUCGCACCCAGAAGGAGGGUGAUUGCUGUCCCACCUUCACCUGCCGACCUCUGCUGUGUUACUACAACCAAACCGCCUUUGGGAUCGGGGCAACCUUCCCAUCGCUUACUCCCUGCCACACGUGCACCUGCCUGUCUGGGGACACCCAGGGCCCAAUCGUGCAGUGUGAGGAGGACACCUGUAACACUACCUGCCCCCAGGGCUCCGAGUACCGGAAGGUGGACGGACGGUGCUGUGGGGAGUGUGUGCAGACGGCCUGUCCCACGGAGGACGGCCAGCUGGUCCAGCCCAACGAGACCUGGGUCAACAGCCCUGUGGACAACUGCACCGAGUACCGCUGCGAGGUCAGGAAUGGGCUCCACGUGCUCAUCGGGAGGGCCACGCCCUGCGCCAACGUGUCCAGCUGCCAGGGCAUCCUCAGGAAAACGGGCUGCUGCUUCUCCUGUGAGGAAGUGGACAAGUGCCAGGUCCACGUCAACAGGACCAUCCUGACCCACCAGGGCUGCGCCACCCAGGCCCCGGUCAACGUCACGUUCUGCGGGGGUACAUGCCCCGGACUGUCCAAGUACUCCGUGGAGGCCCAGGCGAUGGACCGCCAGUGCACCUGUUGUCAGGAGACGGGGGUUCACCAGGAGGUGGUGACCCUGCGGUGUCCCGACGGGACGGCCAUCCGCCGCACCUACACCCACGUGGACGAGUGCAGUUGUGCCCCGGCCUGUGUCCACUCACCCGUGGUGCCCGAGGACAGCACCCCCAUCCUCCUGACCUAGAGGUCCACCACUGUCCGUUGCCAUUCUGACCCCUCCCGCCAGCCCUCCCCCAAUCUGGAGCCAGGACACAUACCGCCCAGCCACGGAGAGCUUGGCCAGCCUGCUGCGGGAGCCCAGGCACACCUGCCACCUGGGCCCUCAUGGGACCUGUGCCUCGGGGGUGACCCCGGAGGGUGACGGCACAGUGAGGACCUGCUUGACCAGGGCUCUGGGAGGGGACCUUGCCCUCAGAGCCCCUCCAGCACGUCUUGGCCACUGUCUGGCCAUCAGGACCUGCCCCUCACCUGAGACGAGUGUCUGCACUGCCCGGACUCACCCCUUCUUCAUGCCAGGAGGAUGCCUGGAGCCACUGUGCCGCCCGCUGCAGCAGGUUCCUGCUGGCCACCUCCUGCGGCGGGAUGUGGGCUGGGGCCUGUCCAGCGGCCGCCAGCUGCCUCCGGGGAGUAGCGUCUGGUCCAGCGUCAGGUCGGAGGGCUGGCUGUCCAUGCCCGCGUCUGAACCUGGGCCUGGGGUGACCAUGGCUGCUGGGAGGCAGGCCAGGGAGGGGUCGGUGCUCCCCAGCACUCCCUCUGCCCACCCUGUCCCCGGCCUGCAAAUAAACACUGA